GGAUUUCCUUCAUGUGUGUUGUGUACGACAAAGCUGUACGGGAAGCCUGAUGCCGCUGGAGUUCCACUCCAGUGAUCAGUGCCCUUUUGACCUGGAAAACGCCCGGCAGCCAUGACAACACCAGGAGCCUUCUUUCUCCUCCUCCUCAUCUCCAUCUUGUCUAUGCUUUAUUAUACCUUUUUGGACCAGAAGCUCCUUCUGCAGAAACACCCUACAUGUAUUGCUCGGAAAAACCUCAAAAUCCUGCUGUGGCACUGGCCGUUCGGCCGCUCUUACAAGCUCGACGGAGACAAAUGCCUCGAGAUGUUCAACAUCAGCCGCUGUUUUCUCACUGGCAACACCUCUGCUUUCUCCUCUGCUGACGUGGUUGUCUUCCACCACCAGGAGCUGAGCAGAAAUCUGUCCCAGCUGCCUUUGCACCUGGAUCGCCCGGCCUCCCAGCACUGGGUGUGGCUGUCCAUGGAGCCACCUGCUAACAAUGCGAAACUCCCGCAGCUCAGCGGCCUCUUCAACUGGACAAUGAGCUACAGACGUGAUGCAGACAUAUCCAUACCUUAUGGAAAGACAAUUCUUGGAGGUGAUGAGCUUGAAUUCAGGACUGCUCCAAAUCGCUCCUGCCUUGUCAGCUGGGUGGUCAGCAAAUACCGGCCUCACCAGGCUCGCGCUGCUGUUUACCAAAAUCUUAAGAAGCAUAUCCCGAUAGAGGUGUACGGCAAAUGGAACAGGAAGAAGCUGACGGACAGGAUGCUGCUACCUACGAUUGCAAAGUGUAUUUUUUACCUGUCUUUUGAGAACUCUGUGGCAAAAGAUUAUUACAUCACAGAGAAGCUGUGGAGGAACGCUUUCCAAGCUGGGGCCAUACCGGUGGUUCUCGGCCCCAGCAGGGCGACCUACGAAGCUUUGGCUCCUCCUGGUUCCUUUAUCCAUGUGGCCGAUUUUACGAGCGAAGCAGAUCUGGCUGCUCAUCUGAAGCAUGUGGCUGCAGACAGGCGGGCCUAUGAGAAGUACUUCCAGUGGCGCCGCAGUCACAAAAUAAAAACCUACACUGACUGGAGAGAGAGGCUGUGUCAGAUCUGUGUUCGGUACCCCAGUUUACCAGCCAACAGAGUCUAUCAGGACCUUGAGAGCUGGGGGUUAACACCUAAGAUUUUAUCUCUUCAGGCCUCUAAGAGUUCCACUCCAGUGAUCAGUGCCCUUUUGACCUGGAAAACGCCCGGCAGCCAUGACAACACCAGGAGCCUUCUUUUUCCUCCUCCUCAUCUCCAUCUUGAGCUGAGCAGAAAUCUGUCCCAGCUGCCUUUGCACCUGGAUCGCCCGGCCUCCCAGCACUGGGUGUGGCUGUCCAUGGAGCCACCUGCUAACAAUGCGAAACUCCCGCAGCUCAGCGGCCUCUUCAACUGGACAUGA